AAAACGUCACGCACACAUGCGCAUAUAGGGUGCCACACUGACGCAUCGUUUGUUGUAUAGUCAACUGUUUUUUUUUUUUCUUGCUGGACUGAGGCAUGCCUGUAGCGAAUAAUUGUUUUUACCGCAUUCAACAGUGUUUUCAAAGCGAGGGGAGAAAGUCGGAGCUGUAGCAGCGCAGGCUCGCAGCGCUGAGGGAGAGAGAUGCGCCAAAGUGAUGCCGUUUAUCCUCUAAGACUGGGGGGAAUUUAAGGCAUUGAACUGAGGUAUCACGAUCCUAAUGUGAAAUCUCACCAGUGGUCUCGACGAUGCCUGCUUGGACACUUUUGCCAUGGAGCUGCGAGCUUUAGGAGUCGCAACAAGAGCUGGCAGCCUCGCGCGGUGGCACAAAUGUGUAAUUUUUGCGCAUCUGGAGGGGAAAUACACGAGAAACUGUAAAGUGUGAUUUUUUAGAAAAGUCUCGCCUCUAUACGUGGAUUGAUUUUUCCCCCCUGCUCUCUCCUCACAGCAUUCCCUCAGUCCGUCGACGGAUUUUUGCUAUUACAGCUCAGUAGAGGGUGUCAGAUCUUUCUUAGAGCACCGCGCUAGGAUGAACACAGUCGCCGCGUUCCUCUCUCGGUGAUCGCCACGGAGCAAAGGAGCGAGGGGAGGAAGCGGCGCGCGCGAGCGAGCGAACGAGCGAGCGAGCGAGGCAACACGGCGACGGACGCGAUGAGGGGAUGCGGGCGUUUCGCAACGCUGGGAUCGCACGUGAAGCCCCAGCGCAGGGUGUGAAUUCAGCACCGGGGGGAGAGGGGACAGCUCCCGACGCCGCAACGCGCAGCGCGAGCGGAGAGGGCGAGGAAAAAGCACGGAUUUGGUCUUUUCUUUCUCGCCAAGGUCAGUGUUGAACGAGCCGAAAGAGCCGGAGGAUGAGUGGGACUCUACUGUCGCUCGCUGUUUUUGAUUUUUAUCAUCGACGUGCCGUGGCUGCGGGGAUUCAGUGGAUGUGAAAGGGACGUUUAUGUGGUCAUUCUCAAACUGCGAGUCUGGACACGAGAGCAGGUUAGAUGCAGCAUGGAUGUGUUAUAAAAGACUGCCUUCUUCUGCCUAAAUGUCCGUGUCUCCCUCUUCCUCCGAUUGAUGUAGACUAAGAUUCUCAGCUCGUAUGUCCUGGAACCGGGAAUGAAUUGUUCGCGUUGAAAAAUGCUGCUUUGGAUUGUUCUGCUGAAUGCGGCUCUUUGUGUUGCUAGUGGAAAUGUUACAAGGGACGUUUGUAAGGAGCAGAUAUGCUCUUGCAACGAGGUCGAGGGGGAUCUGCACAUAGACUGCGAAAAAAGGAGCUUCACCACUCUGCAGCAUUUGACUGGCCCGAGCUCGCAGUUUUAUCACCUGCUGUUGCACGGGAAUUCGUUAUCCAGGCUAUUUCCCAACGAGUUCGCCAACUUUUACAACGCGGUGAGCUUGCAUUUGGAAAACAAUGGCUUGCACGACAUCGUGCCCGGCGCCUUCCUGGGACUGCAGCUGGUGAAGCGGCUGCACAUCAAUAACAAUAAGAUAAGAUCCUUCAGGAAGAGUACAUUUCUGGGGUUAGACGACUUGGAAUACCUCCAAGCUGAUUUCAAUCUAUUGAGGGAUAUCGAUCCCGUUGUUUUCAGGGACCUAAAUAAACUUGAAGUGUUAAUACUUAACGACAACCUCAUCAGUGCGCUACCUAUAAACGUGUUUCAACAUGUGCCCAUUACGCAUCUCGACCUGCGGGGAAACCGAAUCAAAACGUUGCCUUAUGAGGGGAUCCUCGAACAAAUACCGGGCAUUGCGGAGGUUUUGUUGGAGGACAACCCGUGGGACUGUAACUGCGACCUGGUUUCUCUAAAGGAAUGGCUGGACAACAUACCGCGUAACGCGCUCAUCGGGCGCGUGAUAUGCGAGGCUCCCACCAGGCUGCAGGGGAGCGACUUGAACGAGACGUCGGAGGAGGAUCUGUGCCCCUCGCAGAGCGGCGGCGUGGACGCCAGCCUGGUCGCCCCGCCCACGCAGGAGGAGACCGCGGAGCCCGCGGGCCGCAGGCCGCGUCCGACGCCUUACAAGCCCGGCGCCGCCGACGCCGGCGGGCCGCCGACGCCCGGCGGGCCCCGGGGCCGCUCCAAGUCUCGCGAGAACUGGCAGCUGAAGCUCCCCGUGGUGACGUUCGUGAACGGGGACAGGGAGCAGCUGGCCAACGUGACGUGCCCGCAGCCGUGCAACUGCAAGCUGGUGGGCUCCAGGCAGGGGCUGGGGGUCAACUGCGAGGGGAAGAAGAUCGAGAGCCUGUCCGGCCUCAAGCCGAAACCGCUGGCCGCGCACGAGCUGAACAUGAGAGACAACAACAUACACGCGGUGAAGAAGAACCAGCUGCUCGGCUACUCCAGCCUCAACCUGCUCGACCUGGGCGGGAACAACAUCAAGGUGAUCGACAACGGCACCUUCCAGAACCAGAGCGAGCUGCGGUGGCUGUAUAUGGAUAAGAACUAUCUGGAUACGCUGAUGGCGGAGAUGUUCGUGGGCCUCGUGAAUCUGGAAUAUCUCAGUUUGGAAUACAACGACAUCCAGCUGAUCGUGGCGGGCGCCUUCAGCUCCAUGCCGAACCUGCGGGUCCUGUUCCUCAACAACAACCUGCUCAAAUCUUUGCCCGUGGAUGCUUUCCUUGGGAUUUCUUUGUCCAAAAUCAGCCUGCACAACAACUAUUUCCCCCACCUGCCCGUGGCUGGCGUGUUGGACCAGCUCAACUCAAUCAUUCAGAUCGAUUUGCACGGGAAUCCGUGGGAUUGCUCGUGCAGCAUCGUGCCCUUCAAGCAGUGGACGGAGAAACUCGGGGCCGACGUGAUAGUAAGCGAUCUCAAGUGCGAGUCCCCGGAAGAGUUUUGGAAGCGGGAUUUCCGCUACGUCCGGAACGAUCUCAUGUGCCCCAAACUCUAUGACAGAGUCUCCCCCACGGCCCUGUCCAAAAACAGCACUUUCACCCUGGACUCGGGGACGCGCUCGAACUCGUACUUGGAGCCCAAUAGGGUCUCGAUUUCGGUGCUCGUCCCCGGGCUGCUGCUGGUGUUCGUCACGUCCGCGUUCACCGUCGUGGGGAUGCUUGUGUUUAUUUUGCGGAACCGCAAGCGCUCGAAGCGGCGGGACGGGAACUCGUCCGCGUCGGAGAUCAACUCGCUGCAGACAGUGUGCGACUCCUCUUACUGGCACAGUGGGCCUUAUCACGCGGACGGGGGCGCGCACAGGGGCUUCGACUGCAGCACGCACCUCUCCACGACGAACGACGCGUGAAGGGACGCCGCUCGGCGGAAGCAGACGCCAGGCUGGAUUACAAACGGCCGCGCAGACGGACAGACAGACUGACGAGUGACUAACGCGUCAAGGCGAACUGUGCCGUGCGUCACGGGCGAACACAGACUUCUUUAUGUCUUGUUUCCUCCAGUCGAACCAUGUAAGUCAGUCUGCUGCUCCACGGGCCCCACUCUGUAAUAUAUGUAUAUGCCGAGCCCCCCUGGCCCCCCCCCCCCCCCCCCCCCCCCCCUUCCCCACUCCCUCUCUUCCUCCCUUCCUCCCUCCCUCCUCGCAGUUCUGCUAUUUGCCGCAAUCGGACUACGGAUCUGUAUGAGACAAGGAAAGAGGGAGAGAAACGGAGCGACACAGGGAGAGGGGCGUGUGUGUGAACGAGAGCGAGAGCGAGGACCCAAGGAAUGGUGCACGAGCGCAUGAAUGUACAUGUAAAUACUCGGACCGAUGUAUCAUAAUCUGCAUGAAGAUAUUUCGCAUGGUUUCAACACACACGCGACGGCGAGGAACCAUAACCACCAUAACCAACAAAGAAGCAAACUCGACCCUUUCAUGUUAUAUCAAUAUGACGACUAUAUAUAGAUAUUAAGAAUUAUAUAUGACUAUUACAAAGUGCCAUUUCUCUAUUUUUUGUGAACCUGCAGUUAGGAUUUGUAUUUGUUGUUUUAAACCUGUUUGGAGAAAAGAAGAAAAAAAAAACCAAUAGCGGAUUACGAUGACUAUCUGAAAGGAGUGAUGGAAGUGAAGCUGUCAGUGCAUGUUCUUUUCUGUUUGUUAUCAUUUGAUUGUCGAUAAAUAUUGGGGUUAUUUAUACCGUGACUAGAUGGUGCAGAUUAAAUUCCAGCGUCUGCGCAGUCAUCAUCUCCUUUAUGAAUGUAAAACUGUGUUAUUUUAUGGUGUGCCAAUUGUUGACUUUCAGAUAUUCAGACAUGCAGAUGAGCAUGACCAAUUAACGUCACUCAGAUGCUUAUGCUGCAAAGUUAAUGUAGCUAAAAUAACAGUUCCGUGGUUUUGUGUGUCAAUGAAUAUAGCCUGCUUUGGGUGAGAGGAACAAAAAAUGUCAUUUAAACGGGGGGUUUAUACCAUCAUAUUUUUUCAACAACUGAGCAAAGAAGUGUUUUCAAUCAAGCUAUACAAUUGGAUCUACUGUAUGUAAACAGCGCAGGUAGACUAAUAUAGAAUAGAAUGCUUUUUUAAUGUCAUAAAAAAGUAUUCCUCCACAAAAAAAGCUUAUGGCUAUGAUUCACUUUCAUCAUAUUGUGAGCUUUUGUAAAGCCAUCUAAUCUUGUCCAAAUAAGAGAACUGAAACUCACUGUAUUUACUACAAAAUGUGCUCGAAAUAAGCUGUUUUUUCGGAGGCUGCUUCUUGCUUUCUGACGGACGGGGGCCAUGUUAUGGCAGGAAGUCAAAAGAAGCAAGGUCCGUGGAGAGACAGGAAGUGGGGAUUCAAUAGGACACACACACACACACACACACACACACACACACACACACACACACACACACACACACACACACACACACACACACACACACACAAACACACACACACAAACACGUGUGCACGCACUGCGGAGGUGAUGAGAUCAUGCAAGAUGCCUUUUUCAACACAGCAUUUUGAACUUGAGAUGCUCUUCUUUGGGGGUCGCAUGGUUUAUGUGGGCUCAUGAAAACAUUGCCAUGACUGAAUAGCUGUUUUGCAGAGCUCGACUGUCAGGUCUGCUGCUUCUAGCCUAUAGCCUCCCGCUUUUCCUAAAGAUGGAUUUGGAAAAUAAAAGCAUUAAAAAGGUUGGGGCAUACUUCCAGUAGUCCAAAAUUUCUCAACUCUUCUCUGCAGUGUCUGAAACAGAUGGAAGGAAUGUGCAAUUUGCAUUUUUUUACGUUUUAAUUCUGAUGUAAAUUUUCAGUGCUGGUGACUUAUUAUUGACUUUGCCUAUCAAUUAUCUUUAAUAAACCCAAUCUCGGAUGCCUAAUAUUAAUAUUAAUAUUUCCAGCAUAAUUUAAUAAUAAUCUACCUAAGAUGCCAUGGCCAUGACCAGAUGUAGGAGGACUGUCUCACACCCCCUGACACUUCUCCACCCUUUUGCUAUGUCCCUUUUAGAAGGCCUGCAGUCUCAGACUAGCGCUGUCCAUGGUGCUGAACCACAUCCCUUCCUACCCAGUCUUUGACUCUCUGCCCCUUGCCUGUGUGAGACUAAACGCCAUCGGAAACGAGCGCGAGCGGUUGCGUGACUGGUUGCAUGUCUGUUUAUAAAUCCCUAACUUCCCCUACUGUCAUGCCUUCGUCUACUGACCCCCACCCCACCCUUCCUCCCUCUUGUACCCACGCUGCAGCUUGACCUUGGGGACUAACAUCUCAGCAAAUCUGUGACAAAACAGAAACCAUCAUCAUCAUCAUCAUCAUCAUCAUCAUCAUCAUCAUCAUCAUCAUCAUCAUCAUCAUCAUCAUCAUCAUCAUCAUCAUCAUCUCCCUGCACUUUCUCCCACAUUUCACCUUCAGACCCCCGUCCAGUCCUCUUCUCCUCUGUCCAGUCACACGUACGGGGGGUGGGGGGUUAUUCGGGGCAACUGCGUGUCUCUUCUGUGGAGUAUUACUGUGCCACAGCCCACUGAUGAUUUGUCAUAACUUUCAAACGCUGUGUUUCAAAGUUACAUUUAUAUGCUUUGCGAUAUUUGACCUGCUUCUAUUUUGUUAAAUAAAGUGUGGUUUUAGGA